ACUUAUCGCUUUCAGGGGCUCAUCAAAACCAGUGAAACUGCAAAAGUUAACGCCACUAAACCAAUGGUUCAACGUCAAGUUACCGCGGGGCCCAUUCACCAUGAAUUCACUCCACAAGUAGCAACAUUCAAAGCAGAUGCGGAACUAUCUCAUCGUAAGGCGACAAACGAGCUCACAAACCUGGCUGAAUCCACAGGAUUGGUCAUCUCCCAAUCUGCUGACGGCGAGUGCUUUCCAAUCGACGGAUACAAUCCCCAACUCGACAUUGACAUGGCCUUUGCGGAUCCGUUCAGCUUGGACAACAAGUACUACCUCAAGCCUAUGCCGAUUAUGUACAAAACGAAGGGCUUCACCGGAACUGUCCAUGAAACAUUUAUUCUCGAUGAAGGCCUGGGAAACAACACCAUCGUUUCCAUCAUCUCUGAAUCCGCUGGAAAUUACUCCCUCAUGGCCUGGCUUGUGGACCCCAUGGGAAAGAGGUGUCCCAACUGUGAGGAAGUUGAAAGCGGCCGCGAAAAAUCACUCACCAUACCAAGCCCGGCAAUGGGACCUUGCAUUUUAAGCGGCGCGGACGACACCGAGGUCGACAACUGGCUCACGACAUAUGAGAGGUUAAGAGCCAACAUCAAAUGUGACGAGCCCGCCAAGCUGCGCUACGUGCCCUUCUCUCUCGCGGGUGUAUCUGGCAACAACCAUGAGGCUGAUCUUGCUAUGUGUACUUAUUCAAGACCUCUUUAG